UCCAUGCGCUUCGAGGCCAUGCUUGAGAAGCGGUGGGAGGCUCAGCACAAAAUCCGGUUGUCUCGCUGGCGUUUCAUCUUGCUAUCUCCUGGCAUUCCGUUCUUUUUCGGCUUGGUUGGGCGGCGGAUACGCUGGGUUUGGCUCAAAAAGGAUUAUUCGCGACAGGCUGACAAGAUGGCGUCAAAAAAGAUUGGUAACCGUAUUGGUAGCCUUCUUCUCGACGGACGUUGUAGGACGAAGGUCGCCCCGCACACCUCAGUAAUGCAAGGUGGAAGAGAGUAAAAUGAGAC